GACUCUAUGGUCCUCCUGCGGGACGUCCGGGGGGGAAUGGCGGCUGCGGCGCUGCGGCUGCGGAGCUGAGUCCCCGGCGGUGGCGUGCUGACGACCGGCGAUUUGAAUAUAGAAUUCACAUUUCCAGGAAGUCUACUCUAUUUCAAAAACUUCAUUUGACUGUUUGACAUACAGAGCAGAGUAUAAGGGUAAUCCAGCAGGAAAAAUGGGUCGCUCUAACUCCAGGUCACAUUCAUCAAGAUCAAAGUCCAGAUCUCAGUCCAGCUCCAGGUCAAGAUCUAGGUCACAUUCUAGAAAGAAGAGAUACAGUUCUAGGUCUCGCUCCAGAACGUAUUCGCGAUCCCGUAGUAGAGAUCGCGUCUAUUCGCGAGAUUACCGCCGCGAUUACAGAAAUAACCGAGGGAUGAGGCGCCCCUACGGGUACCGAGGAAGGGGGAGAGGAUAUUAUCAAGGAGGCGGCGGUAGAUACCACCGAGGGGGCUACAGGCCAGUCUGGAAUAGAAGACACUCUCGGAGCCCGAGGAGGGGCCGCUCCCGGUCCCGAAGUCCGAAGCGAAGGUCCGUGUCCUCCCAGAGGUCCAGAAGCAGAUCACGCCGCUCGUACAGAUCGUCCAGGUCGCCAAGGUCCUCGUCGUCUCGCUCCUCAUCUCCCUAUAGCAAGUCGCCGGUCUCCAAGAGGCGAGGGUCUCUGGAAAAGCAGGCCAAAAAAACUGAAGGGGCCCCCCCGCCGGAUAGCCCUUUAAAAAGUAAGACGCAGGAUGAACAAAAAGAUACCUUUGAGCAUGACCCGUCGGAGUCUCUCGAUGACUUUAACAAGUCGUCAGCCGCCUCCGGUGACAUCUGGCCCGGCCUCUCGGCCUACGAUAACAGUCCACGGUCACCCCAUAGUCCGUCUAUCGCCACACCACCUAGCCAGAGUUCGUCCUGCUCCGACCCGCCUCUGCUCAGCACGGUUCACUCAGCAAAAAAUACUCCUUCUCAACACUCACAUUCCAUUCAGCAUAGUCCCGAGAGGUCCGGAUCCGGCUCUCUGGGAAACGGCUCUAGUCGCUACAGCCCUUCUCAGAACAGCCCGAUCCACCACAUCCCUUCGAGGAGAAGCCCUGCGAAACCAGUCCCGUCCCAGAACGUUCCCCGCGAAGAGGCUCGCAUGCGUUCCUCGUUUUAUCCUGAUGCUGGGGAUCAGGAAACUGCCAAGACUGGAAAGUUCCUAAAAAGGUACACAGAUGAAGAGUCUAGAGUAUACCUGCUUGAUAGGGGUAAUACCAGGGAGAAAGAGGCCCAAAAGGAGAGAGGAUCAGAAAAAGGGAGGGCGGAGGGAGAGUGGGAAGAUCAGGAAGCUUUAGACUAUUUCAGUGAUAAGGAGGCCGGAAAGCGAAAGUUUAAUGAUUCAGAAGGGGAUGACACAGAGGAGACAGAGGACUAUAGACAGUUCAGGAAGUCGGUCCUGGCAGAUCAGGGUAAAAAUUUUGCCACUGCAUCUCACCGGAAUGCUGAGGAGGAAGGAACCAAGUACAAAUCUAAAAUUUCACUGAAGGGUGCUAGAGAAAGUGAAGGCUUGAGAGAAGAGAAAAGUUAUAAACUUAAAGAGACUGGAUAUGUAGUGGAAAAGCCUAGUACUGCAAAAGAUAAGCACAAGGAAGACGACAAAAGUUCUGAGAGAAUAAUGGUGAAGAAAGAAACUCAGUCACCUGAGCAGGUAAAGUCUGAAAAGCUCAAAGAACUCUUUGAUUACAGUCCCCCUCUACACAAGAAUCUGGAGGCGAGAGAAAAGUCCACCUUCAGAGAGGAGAGCCCACUUAGGAUCAAAAUGAUAGCCAGUGAUUCCCAUCGUCCUGAAGUCAAACUCAAAAUGGCACCCGUCCCCCUCGAUGAUUCCAACAGACCUGCUUCCUUGACUAAAGACAGGCUGCUUGCUAGUACACUUGUCCAUUCUGUCAAGAAGGAGCAAGAGUUCCGAUCCAUCUUUGACCACAUUAAGCUGCCACAGGCCAACAAAAGCACUUCAGAGUCAUUUAUUCAGCAUAUUGUGUCCUUGGUUCAUCAUGUCAAAGAGCAAUACUUCAAGUCGCCUGGAACGACCCUAAAUGAGAGGUUCACUGCGUAUCAGAAAGCCACAGAAGAACAUAGCACCCGGCAAAAAAGUCCUGAAAUACACAGGAGAAUUGACAUCUCUCCAAGUACCCUGAGGAAGCACACCCGUUUAGCCGGGGAAGAGAGAGUAUUUAAGGAAGAAAGCCAAAAGGGAGAAAAAAAAUUAAGGUGCGACUCUGCUGACCUGCGGCAUGACAUUGAUCGCCGUAGAAAAGAAAGAAGUAAAGAGCGAGGGGAUUCCAAGGGCUCCAGGGAAUCCAGUGGGUCAAGAAAGCAGGAGAAAACGCCCAAAGAUUUCAAAGAAUACAAAUCUUACAAAGACGACAGUAAGCAUAAAAGCAGAGAGCAAGACCGUUCUCGAUCAUCAUCCUCAACUUCCUCUUCCUCUGCCAGUUCUCGAGAAGACAAAGACAGUAAGAAAGAAAGAGAAGAAGAGUUUAAAGCCCACCACGAGCAGAAAGAAUAUUCAGGCUUUGCGGGAGUCAGCAGACCUCGAGGAACUUUCUUCCGGAUUAGAGGCAGAGGACGAGCCAGAGGAGUCUUUGCGGGGACCAAUACCGGUCCAAACAACUCAAAUACCACUUUCCAAAAGAGACCGAAGGAAGAGGAAUGGGAUCCCGAAUACACCCCAAAGAGCAAGAAGUACUUCUUGCAUGAUGACAGAGAUGAUGGUGUGGAUUAUUGGGCUAAAAGAGGAAGAGGCCGAGGUACUUUUCAACGUGGCCGAGGGCGAUUUAACUUCAAAAAAUCAGGUAGCAGUCCAAAAUGGACACAUGACAAAUACCAAGGGGAUGGGAUUGUUGAAGACGAAGAGGAGACCAUGGAAAACAAUGAAGAGAAGAAGGAAAGACGCAAAGAAGAGAAGGUAGAAAAUUCAGACUUGUCAGUGAAUUGAAGAACAGCUCUCCUCCCAUAUGGGUCACGUGAAGGCCGUGAAAAGUUCGAUAAAGAAAAUUCAUGUUAAAAGCAGAGCUUGCUGUGACUCAGAUAUGGCUUGUACAUACUUUUCUUAGGUCUGUGUUAAUCUUUUACUUUCUGUUUGUUUUUACAGGAAUAGUAAGUCUGAAAUAAGAUUGCAACUCAAAGAGCAGAACUUGCACCUACCAUUUUUUUUUUUACGUGACUUUUUUUGUUUUCAAACAGAAUGUAUGCAUUUUACUUAAAUUUUACCGUUUGCAAGUAGUCUGUAGACUUUUUGUUUUAAGUCUUUAAAUAUCUUGAUAAUUAGUAGACUGUAUGUUGAGGAUUGUACUGAAACAGUAGAAAGUUGCUACGUACCAUAUUUGUAACUCAACUUUUAAAAAAAAAAAAAUCUUUUACUGUUUUUGUUAUAUGCAUUGUAAUUCUGCUUUGUCUAUAAGAUAUGGUCAAGUACAACUCUGUGAAAGUUCUGAUUCUUCCCUCUCCCCUCUGUUUGUGGAUGUUUUAUUCUGAAGUAAACUUUAGCUCUCAAGAGAAACAGAUCCCUGAACAAAAUUGUUUAUACAGUGCGCUAAUUUUAAUGGCACACAUCUGAUUAUUUUAACUAUAUACAUUUCAGUGGUUUCCUUAGGUAGAGCACAUUUCGCUGUAGGGUGACGACUCUUUGACGCAUACUACUGAGCAAAUAGGGCCAGUUUGGGCAGCAGCCAAGCAAGUUCAGUUCUGCAGUGGAUCAUCUGAAAAUAUCGGAUUCGCACAGCCGUCCGGUGGAGAAGUACACUAAGCACUUCUCACUGGACACGGGCUGCUAUGCUAAGGAGAAGUCCAGGCACUUAACAGCCAUUCCUGCUUAAAAAAACACAAAAAAAAGUAUUAUCUUUUCUUCCUGGUGAGGGGAGAUGGAGUCGUGGUUUCGGACAAUCAUCUACUGUCUCGGUCUAUUUGAAACGAAUUAGCUGCAGUAAGGUGGAGCGGGAAAUUCCACUACCUUAGCUGGCGUUAGAGCUUAGAGUCUAAAGUCUGUUGCUUCCUGGCCGAUGGGAAAUGAGGGAAAAACCCUGAUUCUCGAUGAACUGCUCCACUGAAAAGUAGCGCUAAGUAUUUUCCAUUUGGAGUUUGGUAAGCCUGGAAACAGUUAACGGGGAAAAAAGUUCACCUCUUCACAAGACGCAGCGGCCCAUCCGUACGAGUUCCUAAACACGUCACAAAUAAGACGGAACUAAUCUCAGUGUUUCGCAGAGCUUGUUUUACGAAUUUCACCAAUAAAGCGUUUUCGUCAGGAAGUUCGUUGCAGCAUCGAUCCAGCUUCCACUUGUCUCCGAUUCAAUUCCGGUCCGUAAGACAGCCUUUUCAUUUUCUUCCCGGGGGCUUUCCUCAGGCAGGUAAUCCGGCAAAUUGGAAUCGUCUUCUAUAUCGGUGUUCGCAGCUUUUAAAGGAAUAAAAAUCUGAAAUGAUACGAAGAGGGAAAUGCUAAGUUUCACACUGAAAAAUGCUUCCCGGCAAGAUUUCAGUCGACAGGUUUCUGCAGAGCUGAGCAGCCCAAACAGCUGCUUCCACGUUUCUACUUAUUGUAGCCUUUUAAGUCUUAAAUUUGAAGCCUUACCUCCUUUCCCCCUUCAUUUCUGAUCACUUGUUGUGCCUCUAGAAUUUUAGUUGUGGCGAUUGCAGUUGCUAACAGCUGUAAAAAAAAAAAAAAAAUGCGAGAAUAAUAUAAUUCUAAUGGCGGAGCAAUAUUAGUACUGCAUGAUUUCCCCGUUAUAUAGUACCUAAUCUGCGACCCGUAAGAUACUGAAGGGAAUUAAUUAGAUGGCAGUUCAACAGAACUGCACUUGAACAAGGUUGAAUUUAGAAUUAGUACAGAAGUUUACCGAUUAACUCAGACACUCACGGGUUUUUUGGCCAGCAAUACUGAAAACACUGUAACGUGAGGCAAAACCACCAGCUUUUCAUUAGAGGGAUAGGACUGGCUACUUAAUCCCUACAUUGUACUGAAAUUCACUGGAGAAAAGGAGAGGAGGGAGUUGGGCAGUCAUCUCCUGGAACAAAGACAACUUGAGAUCUUGCAGAAUUUAGGGCGUUCAAGUCCCGCGUAGUUUAAAGCCCUUCUGAGGUUAAUCAUAAAAUAUAACUCCGCUUUUCCUUGUAAUGUGUGGAAUGUAAUUAUCUGCCCAGCACAAAACAGAGGGAUGAGUACUUCAUCACGGGACAGAGAAGUGUGUAUAAUGUCCCUGCAUGUGUGUUCCUUCAGAGCUAAGGUGUAGUGACCAGUGUAUAUUUUUAUAAAUCACAAUUUAGCUCCACGCCUGAGUGAAAUACAAGUCGAGUUUGCGCCUAUUAGUCGCCAAAUAUUUGCGAAUGGCAGAAGAAACUCUUUGGUACCUCCAUUGACAGAUUUCCUUUCACCCAGCAAAAGGAAAUGAUCAAAAGGCUAUUUCCAAGAAGGAUUAAGAAAACUACUUAAUCACUACUUAGUCAAUUCCUUAAGGUGUGUUUAUUUUCCAACAGCCCAGGGGUUUUCCUAUUAAAUGCAGAAUAUAUUUUUCCAACAGGCUGCCUGGAGGGGUCAGUUGGCACAGUCAAAUCAGUGUUGGGGUUCAAAUUAUAAAGUUUGAGAAGCCAUUAAUCUUUCCCAGUAUGGAUGAAUAUAGGUGGUUAAAGACUCCUAUCGAGUGUGAUGUAUACUGGAACAGGGACCCUUGUGAAUUGUCAAAUGCCAAUAAAAUGUCAUAAGUGGUCAA